AUGCCCCCUCCCUCCAGCGGAGGUAGCCGCAAGAAACCUGCUGCCUUGCCGCCGCCACCGCCGGCGGCACCCGCGUCCAUGGAGGAGAGGGACUGGGCGGCGCUGCCCGGCGACAUCCUAUUCGCCGUCUUCCUCAUGCUGGGGCCCCGCGAGAUCAUGGAAGGCGCGGACCGUGCGUGCUCAUCGUGGCGGCGCGUUGCCGUCGGCGAGCCAAAGCUGUGGCGCUGCGUCGACAUGGGCAAGGCCCGGCAGUGGUCGUCCACUAGGAAGCCGUGGCGGGCGACGGCGCGUGGCGCCGUCGACCGCGCCGCUGGCCAGUGCGAAGCCUUCUCGGGACCCUGCGAUGAUGAGUUCCUAACCUAUUUGGUUGAGAGAGCACCAUCUUUGAAAAUCUUGCAUCUCAGACAUGACGAUUCAUUUAAAGUGGCAUUGGAUGUGAAACUACUCAAGAAGCUCCCACUUCUUGAAGAUGUUGAUAUUUCACUCUCGUAUUUUAGUGAUGGUGCCUCCCAGGUGUUGUUUGAAGCUAUAUGUGAAGCUUCUCCCCAACUUCAGAAACUCAGAAUGAGCUUCGAUGUAUGCAGUGAUAGCAAUUAUUAUGAUGAUGACAUGGAUUUUUCUGAUAAAGCAUAUGUGAUUCCAGUGAUGUCUGAGUUGCACUCUUUAGAAUUGGUGGGCUAUAACCUUACUGCUGCAGGAUUGACAGCCAUCAUUGAUAAUUCUCCUGUUUUGGAAUCUCUCAAUGUUACUGGAGGUUACAUCAUUGGCACGAUGGAUCAGGAGCUGCUUGCAAAAUGUGCAAGAGUGAAAAAUCUGGUUCUUCCAUCUGAUUCGGAUGAAGACUAUGAUGAAGAAUAUGAUCCAGAAGAAGGCUAUGAAUCGGACUACAUAUAUGAAUAUUUUCGCUAAGUUGUGGUGGAUGUUGAACUUAAGUAAUGCUGAUGUCCAGGGUAUUAAUGUGUUAUUACAUGCCCUUGUCU